GGCGCAGCCCCGGCCCCCGAGGAGGGUUGUCAGUGCCAGUCGUUGCCUCCCCUCCCUGCCCCGGGAACGAGGAAGUGGCUCUCGCCACCUUCUGCCAUCACUCCACAGCGUAGUUCCCUGCUGACACCAUCCCCUCGCCCUCUGUCCCCCAGGUGCAGGGACUUGUCGCCACGCAAGGAGUGGGGGUGCUGGCUCUGGACAUGUCUGGGCAGAGAAGAGGGCUGUCCUUGCCCCUGCUGCUGUUGAGCCUCGCUGUGUCGGACUUCACGCUGGUUCCAGCCCAUCUCACGGUCACCAGUUCCUGCACGGCUCUUCCCGUCAGACAGGUACCACUGCCAUGGAUGCAACAGUGACCAUGUCCCCAACUCACCCUGCCUCCCUGACACCCAUGGAGACCUCAGCACUGCUGCCCGCUGCUGAAUCCAGCACGGCAGGCACCGUCGCUCCCUCCAGCCCUGAAACGGGAACCUCUACCCCAGGGAAUUCCAGCAUGUCCCUGGGGACCAGCAGCACCUCACCUCCCACCACACCAGCACCGACAGCUGCUUCGUCUGAGCCCUUGACAACCCUGGCAGACACCACAGCCACCCCCAAUACCAUCACAAGUGUCUCCAGAAGCACCCGUGCUCCAAGCCAGCUGACGGGGACCACGGCUGGGACCACCCUUGACAUUUCCAGCUUGAGUACAGGGCUGAGCCCAAGAACCCCAACAGCACCUGAGACCCCCAAUGCAGUCACGGGAACUACUGUUACAAAUGUGGCAGCAACUGUGUCCCUGACUCACCCAACCUCCUUGAUGCCCACAGCGACCACAGCACUGCUGCCCACCAGUACCUCCACCACUGCAGGCACCAUCCCUCCCUCCAGCCCUGAAACCUCCACCCCAGAGGUGCUGACAGAUUCCUUCUCAACCAGCACUGCAAUGCCCCAGGGGAGCAGCACAGCAGCCUCCAGCAUCCCCACACCAGAGGAGAGGAGCAGCACAGCCCACAGCACUCUGGGCUCACUGGCUGGCACCACAGUGCAGCCUGAUCCCACUCCAACAAGGCUGGGGCUCACCACUGGCACCCCAACAGGGAUGGGGCUCACCACUGGCACCCCAACGCCAACCCCCAUGGCCAUGACACCCACCAGUGCUGACACAACUAUCAGCAUAUCUGUGGGGACCAGCUCAGCCCUGGCCACCACCUUGUUUGGAGUCCAAACGAGCAUGCUGCCUUCCCCCACCUCCACUCUUCUCUCCCCAACCUGGGUGGGCACCACGCUCGGCACCAGCACCCACCAAGGACCAGCUGUGACCAUGCUGCUUGGCAGCACACCCAUGGGGACCGGCAAUGCCUCUUCUCCAACUGCACCAGCACUGACAGCCUCUCCAGCUGAGCCCUUGAUGACCCCGGCGGACACCACGGCUGCCCCUGACACCAACACGGGAGCUCCCGAGAGCACCCCCAGCCAGCCAGCCAGGACCAGCCCUGACACCACCACCCCAACAGCACCCGAGCCCCCCGGUGCCACCGCAGGUACCACUGCCAUGGAUGCAACAGUGACCAUGUCCCCAACUCACCCUGCCUCCCUGACACCCAUGGAGACCUCAGCACUGCUGCCCGCUGCUGAAUCCAGCACGGCAGGCACCGUCGCUCCCUCCAGCCCUGAAACGGGAGCCUCCACCCCAGGGAAUUCCAGCAUGUCCCUGGGGACCAGCAGCACCUCACCUCCCACCACACCAGCACCGACAGCUGCUUCGUCUGAGCCCUUGACAACCCUGGCAGACACCACAGCCACCCCCAAUACCAUCACAAGUGUCCCCAGAAGCACCCGUGCUCCCAGCCAGCUGACGGGGACCACGGCUGGGACCACCCUUGGCAUUUCCAGCUUGAGUACAGGGCUGAGCCCAAGAACCCCAACAGCACCUGAGACCCCCAAUGCAGUCACGGGCAUGGAGCCCUCUUCCCCUGGCAGCAGCUCAGCCCAGACCCCAGAAGUUACACUCAGCACCACUGGAGACCUGCCACCAACUCUGCCAGCCUGCCCCACCACCAUGUCCAACACCAUGUUUUUUGUCCCUAGGUGCAUCUCGCCUCUUUCUGUCGCUGCGGCUGACCGUCCCCCUGGAUCUGGGGAACACCACGGCGCAGGAGCUGGUGUUGUCCAAGCUUCGCACGGACCUGCAGACAGUGUUCCCAUGUGCUGGUGUGGCACUGGAGUGGCGAGGGACGAGGAGGACGUGAGUGCUGCUCUUCGCCUGGCCAGGACCUGCAGGGCUGGCAUCCCCAUGGACUUCCAAGCCUCCUGCUCCCAGCUCCUCUCUCCACUACACUGCAGCCCUUCAGGGUAACCUGUACAGCUUCCCUUGAACCUGGGACCCCCCAUCCUUCAUUGUACACCCCCAGUGACCCCCACGGGCUGGGGUGCCCAUGUUCCUUCCCACAGCCUUUCUGUAGAACCUGAGCCAUCCCACCACCCUGCACCAGACCUAGCUCCUGUGGUGGGACACCCCAGUGCUGCUGGGAGGAGGGGACUCAGCCUGGCUGGACUUUUAUAGCUGGGACUGAGCUGGCCCAUCCACAAAAGCCACCCUGGGGACUGACAGAAAGGAGACCUGAAGCCCCUGGUACUGCUGUGCCUCAGGGCACCAGCGGUCCUGGUGACAUCUAAGGAUUUGCAACCCAGGGACCUUGCAGUGUCCAAAGUCUCUGAGAGAUGCUCCAUGACCGCUUCACAUCCAGAGCAUGCCAAGAUGGAGGCUGGGGUGGCUCUGGGAAGGAGGCAGGAGAGAAAAACCUCCUUCUGCCACCUGAGCCCCAUCCCAGGGCUGUCAGCACACCAGCUCCCCCCGUCUCUCCUGUGAUGGCACUGACAGAGCAGCACACACUUGCAACAAAGGGGAAUCCCAUGUUUUCCAUUACAAAGAUGACAACUUCUUUUAUUUUCCAAGUUGCCUUCCCCAGAUUUCAGCUUCACCGUCUAGCAGAGGUACUGGUGAGAAAAACUGGCUGAGUCCCAAAAGUUUCACAAGGGAGAGACUGGUUCUGGGCUGUCCCCUCCUGGCAGAGGCCACUGCAGACAUUCCUGAGGACAGCUUGCCACCCCGACAGCCUGGGGGUCCCUGCUUUGGUGCUCUCUGCCCCAUGAUACUCCCAAAACUGCCGAGGCAGCUGUGGGGCCGUGGAAAUCCCGUGGGCUGUGCUCCUUCCCUGUGUUUUUUCAGUCCCAAGCUAAGGAGACAGCCGCAGCGUCUGUCCCCCUGCAGCAAAGUCAUUUAUUAACUGAUUAAUUAGCCAGAUAAAAUCCAACUGAAGCAAUUAUUAGCCUAAGUAAGUCACCUCGCCGGGAGAUUGAAAACUGAAUUAAUUAACAAAAUAGC